AUUAAAAAAGAGCGGUUCAUUCUCGGUGACGUCAUCGCUGUUUGUAUACAAUCUGAUCAGAUAGUGAGAGAGUAUUGGUGACACCACCCACUUGUUGUUUUCUUCCCGAGAAAAGCCGAACGGAACUCACACUUCAAUCUGGCUGCGUGACACAUCGUAUUCGGUAGCAAAGAUGGAUGCCCAUCCGAUGGACGAAUUUUGCGGCUCCAGAUUUUGGGAUCUCAAUCUAACAUGGUACACAAACGACCCAGACUUGACACCAUGUUUCCAGCAGACGGCGCUCGUGUGGACACCUUGUGCGUUCCUCUGGGUGUUCUCUUUGAUCGAGCUGUACUACCUACGAAAUAGUCGCAACCGAAAUGUACCCUGGAGUGUGCUGAAUGUGACAAAACUAGCCAUCGUUAGUGCACUGAUCGUUCUUACCAUUGUUGAUUUAAUCAAGGCAAUUUCAACCGAGGACCCGGUGGCCCCUGUCUACUUCUACAGUCCAGUGAUAAAAAUAGCCACUUUUGUAUAUGUCGCUGCUCUUAUAUAUAUGAACAAAUUCUACGGCAUGCAAACGUCCGGCUUGAUGUUCCUUUUCUGGGCGCUCCUCAUCGUAUGUAGUAUACCUCGCUGUCGGACGGAAGCUCGGGCGCAUGACAAUCGGCACGAAGCUGACUCGUGGGCCGAGUAUCACUUCAUCAGUUUCUGCAUUUUCUUCGCCGGCUCUUGUUUGAUGUUCAUACUUAACUUCUUCGUUGACAAACCGCCUCAAGUGACAAAGUAUGAAAUCACGCAUAAGGAUUGUCCCGAACUGUCGGCUUCCUUCCCGUCACGAUUGAUUUUCGGAUGGUUUGACAAACUUGCAUGGACCGGGUUUAGAAAGCCAUUGGUAAACGAAGACCUCUGGAACAUGAAGCCGGAAGAUGCAUCGAAGGAAGUUUCCCCUCUGUUUAUGAAGCAUUGGAAUGAAACUCUGGAAAAAACGUAUAAAACCCGGGAUAUUCAGGACGUCACGAGCUCGGCUAGCUACAAGAAGCAAUCCUCUCGGGUGGAUUUCAAAACCAUCAAGACUAAGAAGAUCGCAUCCAUCCUGCCGGCACUGAUCAAGGCUUUCGGACCCACUUUUGCCUUCGGAUCGUUCCUGAAGCUGGGACAGGAUGUUUUGACGUUUGCUUCUCCGCAAAUCCUACGACUUAUUAUCAACUUCGUUGGAGGUGACGAGCCCAUAUGGAAAGGCAUUUUCUUCGCAAUUUUACUGUUUUUAGUGGCAGGCACACAGACUCUAUUGUUGGCUCAAUAUUUCAACCGGAUGUUCUUCGUCGGAUUGCGAAUUCGUACAGCACUAAUCAGCGCUAUCUACAGAAAGGCUCUGAUCAUCUCCAAUAGUGCGAGAAAAGGUUCGACCGUCGGUGAAAUUGUGAACUUGAUGGCGGUGGAUGCGCAAAGAUUCAUGGACCUAACCACCUACAUCAAUAUGCUGUGGAGUGCUCCGCUUCAGAUCGCUUUGGCUCUGUUCUUCCUAUGGGAAAUUCUAGGACCAUCUGUGCUGGCUGGACUGGCUGUAAUGAUUAUCCUAAUUCCCGUCAACGGUGUCAUCGCCAAUAAAAUCAAAACUCUGCAAAUCAAACAGAUGAAGAACAAGGACGAACGUGUUAAGCUUAUGAAUGAAGUGCUUAGCGGAAUUAAGGUCUUGAAACUAUACGCAUGGGAACCCAGCUUUGAGCAGCAGAUCCUGGUUAUUCGUGACAAAGAAGUCAAGGUGCUCAAAUCGGCCGCCUAUCUCAACGCUGGAACCUCCUUCAUUUGGUCUUGUGCUCCCUUCCUGGUUUCGCUCAUCACAUUCGCCGUGUUCGUGCUGUCGGACGAAAAAAACGUGUUGACCCCUGUUAAAGCAUUCGUUUGCCUCACGUUGUUCGAUAUUCUCAAACUCCCCUUGGUGCUCCUGCCCAUGUUGAUCGUUUACAUGGUCGAGACUGCCGUUUCCGUGAAACGUAUCAACAGAUUCCUCAACCAGGAAGAACUCAAUCCGGACAACGUUCAGCACGACGAGAAGGAAUCCUGCCCUCUGGUGAUAGAGGGCGGUGUCUUCUCGUGGGAUGGCGAUGACACUACGCUGAGAAACAUCAACAUGAAGGUGGAGAAAAAUGAGCUGGCCGCCAUCGUCGGUACGGUCGGUUCCGGUAAGAGUUCGGUUCUGUCGGCUUUCCUCGGUGAAAUGGAUAAAGUUUCCGGUCGAGUCAACACGAUCGGAAAAAUUGCCUACGUCAGUCAGCAGGCUUGGAUCCAGAAUGCUACCCUGCAGGACAAUAUUCUGUUUGGUAAAUCGAUGGACGUCAAGCUGUACAACAAGGUGAUUUCGGCAUGUGCUUUGAAGCCGGAUAUUGAGAUGCUGCCCGGUGGGGAUCAAACCGAGAUCGGAGAGAAGGGCAUCAACUUGUCCGGCGGACAGAAGCAACGUGUUUCACUGGCCCGAGCGGUCUAUAGCGAUGCGGAUAUUUACUUUUUGGACGAUCCGCUGAGUGCCGUCGAUUCCCACGUUGGAAAACAUAUUUUCGAACAGGUCAUAGGCGACAAUGGGCUGCUAGCAAAGAAGACACGUGUGCUGGUGACGCAUGGUAUUACGUAUUUGCCGAACACGAAUGUUAUAUUCGUUAUGAAGGAUGGCGAAAUCUCCGAAUCCGGAUCGUAUCAGGAGCUGAUGGAUAAGAAGGGUGCGUUUGCUGAUUUCCUGAUUCAGCACCUGCAGGAAGUAAACGAAGAGGAAGAAGAUAUUGACGAGAUUAAGGCACAGCUCGAGUCCAAUGUAAGCAACGAAGAGCUUAAGCACAAGUUUGAACGAGCCAUCAGUAAGCGAUCGAGAAGUGGCAGCACGUCUUCUGGGAAUGAAUCAUAUUCUAGGCAAAAUUCAGAUAUUAGUGGCAGCCAGAGCAGUCUGAGGAAAAGAACACCCGAGAAGAAGCUUCUAGAAGAGCCGCAGAAGAACAAACUGAUAGAACAGGAGAAGUCUGAAACCGGAAGCGUAAAAUGGGAAGUCUACAAACACUAUCUGAAGAGCAUUGGCCUAACGCUUUCGAUAGCUACGGUCCUUCUGAACAUGGUAUUCCAAAGCUUCUCGAUUGGAUCGAAUCUAUGGUUGUCGAAAUGGUCAACGGAUGAAGCGGCUGAGAACGAUACCAGCGUAAGAGAUAUGUACCUGGGAGUGUACGGUGCCUUUGGUGCCGGUCAAGUUUUUACCAUGCUUCUAUCCACGUUGGCGCUGUACAUUGGGGCACUGAGCGCAUCGCGUAUCCUGCAUAAGCAGUUGCUCCAAAGUGUACUGCGUGCACCGUUAGCAUCGUUCUUCGACGUGACGCCGCUCGGUCGAGUGCUGAAUCGGUUCAGCAAGGAUGUCGACACGACCGAUACCGACCUACCGGCCACACUCCGUGCGUGGAGUGCCUGCUUCUUCGGGGUGGUAGCUACUUUGGUUGUGAUCAGCAUCUCAACGCCUAUCUUUGCCACGGUAAUCCUACCGAUCGGUAUUCUCUACUAUGCCGUGCAGCGCUUCUAUGUGGCCACUUCGAGGCAGCUGAAGCGUCUGGAGUCCGUGUCGCGUUCUCCAAUCUACUCGCACUUUGGUGAAUCUAUCCAAGGAGCGCAAACCAUUCGAGCUUAUGAUGUUCAAGACAGAUUCAUCAUCGAAUCGGAAUCACGCGUGGACUUCAACCAGGUUUGCUAUUUCCCGAGCAUCAUCGCCAACCGCUGGCUGGCCGUUCGGUUGGAGAUGGUCGGCAACCUGAUCAUUCUGUUCGCGGCACUGUUUGCUGUGCUGGGUCGUGAAACUAUGAACCCUGGCUUGGUUGGCUUGUCCGUCUCGUACGCUCUACAAAUCACUCAAACUCUGAAUUGGUUGGUCCGAAUGACAUCGGAUGUCGAAACGAAUAUCGUAGCAGUGGAACGCAUCAAGGAAUAUGGAGAAACAAAGCAAGAAGCCGCAUGGGAACUGCCGAAUAGCAAUUUGCCACGUGAUUGGCCGGAACAAGGUCGUGUCGAAUUCCAGGAUUUCCAGGUUCGCUACCGAGAAGGACUGGAUCUGGUGCUGAAGGGCAUCACAUUCACCAUCGAAGGUGGUGAGAAAUUCGGAAUCGUUGGUCGGACCGGUGCCGGAAAGUCCAGCUUGACGUUGGCACUGUUCCGAAUUAUUGAGUCGGCUGGUGGAAAAAUUGUCAUCGAUGGCCACGAUAUUUCCCAGCUGGGACUGCAUUCGCUGAGAUCGCGAUUGACGAUUAUCCCGCAAGAUCCUGUAUUGUUCUCUGGGACACUUCGAAUCAACUUGGAUCCGUUUAAUAUCCAAUCGGAUGAGGAAAUCUGGAAAGCACUGGAGCACGCCCAUCUUAAGUCGUUCGUGAAAGGUCUAACGGCCGGUAUCAAUCACGAGGUGAGCGAGGGCGGCGAAAACUUAUCCGUUGGGCAACGUCAGUUGAUUUGCCUGGCCAGAGCGCUACUGCGAAAAACUAAAGUACUUAUUCUGGAUGAAGCUACUGCCGCCGUAGAUCUGGAAACUGAUGAUCUUAUUCAGCGAACGAUCCGCACCGAGUUCAAGGAAUGUACGGUAUUGACGAUUGCUCACCGUCUCAACACUAUAAUGGAUUCGGACAAAGUUAUCGUGCUCGAUAAGGGACAAAUUUCCGAGUUCGCUGCACCAAGCGAACUGCUACAAAACAAAUCGUCAGCUUUCUACAGCAUGGCCAAGGAUGCUGGACUAGUGUAAUUAUUUGUUUUUCCGUUUAUCUGUUUUUGACCAAAUUUCCUUUUUUCGUAACUCGAUAGUUAGGAUGAAAAAGUGCUAACAUCUUAAUCAUAACGUUUUUCGUUUUGAUCAUUUCUGUCUGCUACUAAUAAUUUCUCGUCGUCAUAAAUAUUAACCGUGAUUCGUUCAGGCAUUUAUUUCCAACGCUGGAAUAGGCUUAUAAGCAAAUAUUUAAGCAUCCAAUCCAUAAUGUACUUAUCAAGCGGGUAUAGAACAUUCAGUAUUCGAAAUCCCCUUUGUAGAAAAGGAAAACCAAUCUGUAAAAUUGGCUGCAGAACCGAAACAUCAUACUUAAUAUCACACUUACAGCGUAUACCUAGGUUACGUGCAUGAUAUUUUAACGUGUUAUACUUAAAGGUGAUACUUAAUGUUAUGAACAACAUACAUCUCAAUGCAAAAUCACACACACACACACAAACAGAACGAUACUACCUACUACAAACAUCAAGCAACACUAAUCACAGUGUGAUAUCGUUCUUGGUUGGUAACAUUUGUAAAAUGUGUUCAAAGCAGUCCAGGCAUUACAUUCAGCUUAUACACUAGGGUUCAUAGUAAAACCAAUUCAUAUAGUCUUUCUCACUUUCUAUUCCGCUAGCAGAAGAUGGUUAAGAAUGAACAAAGAAGUAACUUGAUGAUACAAGAAGAAAUUAAUGUUGGUUCGGCUGCAGGAUGAAGAAAGUUACAUUUUCUCAGGAAAUUCCACUACAUUUCUCAAUUGCGCAGGUUGCCGUGGGUAAGCAAAGCACCCAUCGACAAUUGCGUAGAAAUCGCGUACUUCAACGAGCAAUAACGGAACGUGUUACCAUAAUAUUGUCUCGUAGUUUGAGUUUGAUUUUAAAGUGCCUUUGUGAAAGCAUUACUAUUAUGUUUUAGAUGUAGUGAAAGAACAAAAUACAAAACUGUCUCGUAACAAAAUAUACAUUAAUAUACAUUUGUUUUACGGCAACCACUGUGUCUAUAUUGAAUGGAAAUAAAGAAUCUUUUUCGCAAAAU